AUGGCUCGCACACCAUCGCCCGGAGAGUACGUGCUCCUCAAUUAUUAUGCCGCCUCAACAGAUAUGCAUGACUUUGUACCUAUGGCAGGACACUCGAACAAGGCUUUGCAAGCUGCUCACGACCGCGUCCUCGAUGAAAUGGAGUCGCCGGGAUCCAGCCUCGACCAUUGGAGGCUUGUCACUGAAGGUCAGCGCAAAUCCAACUUUCUACCAACACCCUCGCCGAGCACCGACUACGAAUUUGUGGAAGGAUCUGAUGAAGACGAGUUCGAAAUCGCGAAGCAAAUGAGCCUCCUUCAUUGGAACACAGGAAACAACAAGAGAUCUUUUGCAACAUCAUCUCUGCGAAGAGACUACAAAAAGGCUCGUGUUACUCCUCAGUACUGCUCUACCAGUGAUGCGAAUGAUCUACGGAAUCACCUGAUUUCUUUAGAAAAGGAUAGCACAGCAAGCUCGACCACAACAGGCACAAGGCGUCAGAAUACGGCGAAAUUAGAUUUUAUUGAAGGGGAUCUGUCUAGCAGUCCCGAGAUGGUCAAAGUCUACGUCGGAGAACAAGAGGAUGAGUUCCUAAUCCCCAGACUGGAAAUUGACCGGCGACCUCAUCUAUCUGACGUGAAGAUCGGUUGCGUAGCUACCAUGGAUGACGGCACUACACGAUUGGACCUCCAGUGCCUGAAGGACAUUGAUCCCGUUGAUUUCCGGUUCGUGGCCGAAUUUCUGUCGACCGGACAGUUCGGACAUUCUGUAAUCAACGAGCACAAUCGUGACAAGGCGAUCGCAGAAUGUGCAGCUGCAUGGCCUAUUGCGGACCAGAUCGUGUUAGAAGAUCUACUUGAUCAUAUUGUUGCAAAGGUGCAGCAAGCGCGACCGUGGCAGCCGGAAGAAGCUUGGUUUUUUGCGCUCAUGGUUUACGAGACUGCAGGCACUCCGCUUGAAGCAUACAGAUGUAUGAAAGACAUGAUUGCGAAGUCGAUGGCCGACAAUCUGUUUGAGCUGAUCCGUCGGCUCGACGAGGGUUUCCUAAGACGGUUUCAGAAGUUACCCGAACUUGAGCGCGAUGUGUACAGGAUACUCGGAGAGAGGGCGGAGCAGAAACUCGACGAAUAA